GUUUCCAGUGUUCAAGGGGGGGGACGUAAAGCACUUUCUUUUUUAUAUUGGCGUGAAAACGUGUCAAGGAAGUUAUUACACGUUUCUGUAAGCUUCACAAGGAUUGUGAGAGCUGUAUUUACGUGCGAUUUGGUCGAAUUCGGGCCUCUCGGAGUAUGUGCGUGUGAACGAGUCCCGGAUCUAUUCGGAGCUCAAACCCGACUGCUCCCUUUUCCCUUCCACUCCGGAUUUGGCCAGCAAGCGAGGCAGAGAAAGUGAACAGCUGCUGCGGGCGUUUCUGACACGACCCGAGCUUUCAAGAGUGGGGGGACGGCGGAGUUUCUGAUGCCGUCUGACGGGAAAGGAGCGGAACACGACCGCAGCACGUAGGGAAAUCAUGGCGGAAGAUUACUGGGAGUGAACGACGGUAACAGCAGCGGCGGCUUCGGGAUAUUAAGGAUUCACAAGGACACACGAGAAUCUCACCUCCUCCAUCGGGGCGAGUGAACAGUGGCUUCCUCAUCAUCGUCUCGGCCCCCCCUGCCCCCUCUGAUGGAGCGCGUGAGGAAGAUCAAGCGGCAGCUGUCCAUGACGCUGCGGGGAAACAACAGCGGGGACAAAAACUUGACCGAGAGCAUCAGCUCUCAGGAUACAGGGGCACACAGUGACUCUGAGGCCAUGCCAGUCGGGGGUAGCGCCACCCUGCGAGGUUCAGUGAGAGGAGCGGGCGGCUCAUUCAGCAUGCACUCACUCCUGCAGUCCUACAGCAGCUCCCUGCACCGGCCGCGCAGCCUGGGCCGCAGCCUCAGCUCCUAUCUCAACCACACCACGCGCCUCGAGAUCGUCCACGAAGAUGUAAAGAUGGGCUCGGACGGAGAAAGCGACCAGGCGUCUGCAACCUCCUCCGACGAGGUGCACAGCCCGGUCCGUGUGAGGAUGCGCAACAACGCCGGCCGCAAAAUAUCCACUGAGGACAUAAAUAAGAGGCUCUCUCUGCCGGCUGAUAUCCGACUCCCAGACGGCUGCCUGGAGAAGUUCAAUCUGAACAGCCCGCUGUUUGAUAAACCACUAAGCAGACGACUGCGUAGAGUCUCUCUGUCGGAGAUCGGGUUCGGGAAGCUGGAAACUUAUGUGAAAUUGGAUAAACUCGGAGAGGGCACAUACGCUACAGUCUAUAAGGGGCGCAGUAAGCUAACCGAUAACCUGGUGGCCCUCAAGGAGAUCCGCCUGGAACACGAGGAAGGAGCUCCGUGCACCGCCAUCAGAGAGGUGUCCCUGUUAAAGGAUCUCAAACAUGCCAACAUUGUGACUCUGCAUGACAUCAUCCACACCCAGAAGUCUCUGACGCUCGUGUUUGAAUACCUAGAUAAAGACCUGAAACAGUAUCUGGAUGACUGCGGGAACUGCAUCCACAUGCACAACGUGAAGCUCUUCUUGUACCAGCUGUUGCGAGGACUGAACUACUGUCAUAGACGCAAAGUCCUCCAUCGAGACCUCAAACCACAGAAUCUCCUCAUCAAUGAACGUGGGGAACUCAAACUGGCUGACUUCGGCCUGGCCCGAGCCAAGUCAAUCCCCACCAAGACUUACUCGAACGAAGUGGUGACCCUGUGGUACCGCCCACCUGACAUCCUAUUGGGCAGCACAGACUACUCCACCCAGAUCGACAUGUGGGGCGUCGGCUGCAUCUUCUACGAGAUGGCCACUGGUCGGCCGCUGUUCCCAGGAUCUACAGUGGAGGAGGAGUUGCACUUUAUCUUCAAACUGCUAGGAACACCUACGGAAGAAACCUGGCCUGGAAUAACCUCCAAUGAAGAAUUCAUCUCCUACAACUACCCCCGUUACCGUGCCGACUGCCUCCAUAACCACACCCCUAGGCUGGAUAAUGACGGAGUUGACGUUCUGUCCAAACUGCUGCAGUUUGAAGGUAAGAAGCGCAUCUCUGCAGAUGAAGCGAUGAGACACUCGUACUUCCACUGUCUUGGAGAGAGGGUUCUCACACUGCCUGACACUACAUCCAUAUUUGCACUUCAAGACAUUCAGCUGGAGAAGGAGGCGUCUAUGAGGACAACCUCGAUGUCUGACUCCGUGAACAGUAUAUCUCAAAGGCAGACUCUGCUCUUCUGAUCGGCUCGAGGCGCGUCUUUGCUGAAAGAAAUACGGGAGGAAGAAAACCGCAGACACGUUACUGCGUGUGACGAUGAUGAUGAUGAUGAUGAUGAUGAUGAAGAAGAUGAAGGGAUCCCCACUGGUUUUCUCCCCACCCCCCUCCGAGUCGUUGCAGUCACGUGACGUCGCUUUUAGGAAGAAAAGAAAAUGGGCGGAGUUACUCGAUGUUUACACGGGAGGACGAGAAUUUCUUUUUUUUUUUUCCCCAUGUGGUGUUUUGUUUUGUUUUUAUUUUGUAUUUAUAGCCUUUGUGUCCUGAUGAUGAUGAUGAUGAUGAUGAUGCACUCUGUUUGCAUGAACCUAUAAGCAUUUGUUCUCUUCCUCGUUUGUUCACAUUCGAGCAUGCGUGCGGCAGGUGGAAACGGACUUCGCUCCGAGUGAGUUUUCUAGAUUUCUUUUCAAUUUGUUACUCGAACAAACCACUAAUGAAGAGGCGGGUGGUUAAUAAUUAUAUCCCCGGCUUCGGAAAACUCUGACUGUUGAACAGGAUUGAAUACUGUUAUGCAUUCGAGCCUUCAUCUUAGUCUUCCUCUUUAGCGUUCUCAAUCCCACACACACACACAAUGCAGUGACAUCAAAACCAUGGCAUGGCCAAAGACUUUUCUGGAAAUCAUUAGAGCUUCCACUUGACCCCCAGACGUCCCCCAGCGUCUGUAUCCCUCCCCCUCCCCCACAGCUGUCUGCUACUUCCCAUUUCACUUCUUUUUUUUUUUUUUUUUUUUUUUCCCCCACACACAAAAUGUGAAUGUUCCUGAAAUGUUCCUUCACUUUUAUUAAGCUCGAGAGCCCAUUCCACAUUUAGUUCCCAUUUGCUGUUCUAAUAAU